AUGCCACGCAAGCAGGCGCGAACCCCAGAGUCUCUCGCUCUCAAUCGUGAGAACCAACGUCGUUCUCGCGCUCGUCAACGUGAGCUACUGGACGAUCUUCAGGGCCGCGUACGUGAGUAUGAACGUCGCGAUGCUCAGGCUACCCUUGAAAUGCAGCGCGUGGCCAGGGUUGUGGCUGGUGAAAACGCGGCCUUGAGAUCAUUGCUCGCUGCAAAGGGUGUUGCUCCAGAAGAAGUCGAGUCCCAUCUUGAAGCUGUGAAGCAUCAAGACAAGACAACCAUAAAAGCUGGUGUGUCUUCGUUUACGCCUGUGUCGACACCGUCAUCUACCAUGUCGCCUGUCGCCAUCCCUUCAGGGCCUAUGCCAUUCAUCCAGUCUCAGUGUCAACCUCAAGGCUGUGGUCCUGUUGAGAACGGCAAUCCCCCUAUCAAUUUUCAGCCCGUGAUGUAUUCGCCACCGACUCCUGUUACGAUUACGAAUACAUGCACUGAAGAGUCAGGUUGCUGUCCCAGACCACAGCCUCCGCCGCAACAGUCACAACCAGAGAUACAGCAUCCGAGAUCUAUUGACAAAAUUCAUUGCAUGGAGGCUGCGACUAUUCUUGCGCAAAUCAAGGGCCAUUCGGAUAUUUACAAUGCACGUGCUGCUCUUGGAUGCGCUGACAAUGAAAACUGCAUGGUCAGAAAUACGGAUUUGCUCACCCUGAUGGACGAGAUGACAUGA